AUGGUGUUUGGCAUACUCGAGGACAAAUAUUUGGAACAUGUCCCGGGGACAGCACUUUUAUCUGAGCUCAGCAUCGUGCACGGACAUGAGGUUACUCUCGACAAGGCGUCUGACCUAAAGCGGGGAACGGGGAGGCACGCACAUAUCGUCCUGAACCCACAACCAUCUGACGAUCCAAGGGACCCUCUGAACUGGUCUCGGUGGAAAAAAGAGGCUUGCUUUUGGACUUUGGCGUUCGCGGCGAGCCUCGAUGGCGCGCUGUCUCCGAUGACAGGGCCAGGAUACGUCUUGCUCUCGAAACAGUUUAACACGUCUGUCGACAACGUUGCGUCCAGUUUUGGGGCCAUUCUGUUGGGCCUGAGUACCUUCAUGCUUGUUCAAGGCUCUUUUGCCGUCAAGUUCGGACACCGUAUCGUGUACCUGUGUUCAGUCUCCCUGAUGUUCAUAGCCUGCGUCUGGUGCGCUGCGAGCCCAAAUCUAACGUCUAUUCGAGCCUCUCGUGUAUUCCAAGGGUUCGGUAUGUCUGCCCUGCAAAGUCUAGUGGCUUCGACUAUCGAACAGAUAUUUUUUAUACACGAAAGAGGGGCACGCUCGGUCAUCUGGAGCUUUUCAAUCAUGGCUGGGAUCACACUCGGACCGCUGAUAUAUGGAUACGUCGUCCAGAAUCUUUCGUGGCAGAUGGGGUUUUGGCUUGUAAGCAUCCCGUUAGGGAUCUGUACUCUGCUUGUCUUCUUCUUUGUCCCCGAGACAACAUUCAAGCGUCAUCAUCUCCCAACAGUUACUACUGGAUCACAUGCUAAAAAAACUCUCGAGAGGCAUAGUUUGGAGAAAGAAUUGAACUCAUUGGACGAGGUCGUUUCUGUCCAUAUCUCCCCUUCCGCUCCUAGCUACCUAUCUCAGCUGAAAAUUUGGAACGGGAUGUUCAGCGAUGACCCUCUGUGGAAGGUCGUGGGUAGACCCCUCCCAUUCACGUGCUCGCCAGUGACGGUGUUCCUCUUCCUGUCCCACGGAAUGCAAACCGCUUGGCUGAGCUUGCUUCCCAUAUGCUCGUCGACAAUCUUCACUAUCGAGUACAACUUCAAUGCUUCUCAAACUGGACUGACCAACUUGGGUGGUAUUGUCGGCAUCGUCAUUGCGAUGGUCAUCACGGGCCCAUUGACCGAUUGGGGAGCGGUAUGGAUGUCAAAGAGAAAUGGCGGGAUUUAUGAGCCCGAGUACAGACUCGUAUUCAUGUCAACAAUGCUUCUCGGUGUGUUUGGAUAUGCAGGCUGGGCAGUGGGUACAACCAACAAUAUGCCAUGGAUAGGUGCUGUAGCCUGCCUCGCGAUGGCAAACUUCAGCAUGGUAGUUUCUGGAUCUGCGGCUGUCACCUAUCUCCUGGACACCCACGGGUCCAACGCACUCCACUGCUUCGCGAUCAGCAACUUCCUCAAGAACCUGGUCCUCUACGGCUUCAGCUUCUUCGCCAACGGCAUGAUCGAGCACAGAGGCGUCAAGGCCUCGCUCCUCAUCCUCGCCGGAUGCCAGGCAUUUUGCUGUCUGGCCUCCGUGCCGAUGUAUAUUUUUGGCAAGAGAACGAGGUCAUGGAUCGCAAGACAUCCUGACUUCUUUGAGGCCGAUAGUGCUCACAAGGGUUAA